UCUUACUCUUCAAGCAAAGAAAUGGAAAGUCUACCAAAAAUAGGUGAUAAGGGCCUGCUCAAGAAGUGGAAUUUAUAUGAAAAGAGCCGAAAGAAGAGGAAGAUUACAAUGAGAACUCCUCAGUUAGAAACGAAUCAUGAAGAAGAUAAUCUGAUUUCAAAAUCAGCCCAGGAAACUCCAAAUGAGCUAAAUAACACCAAUCACAUUCCAGAUAUAAAUGAGGCAUAUAAAGAUGAUCAAGAGAUCCAACUUUCCAAAGUCAGUCGAAACCUAGCUAUGAAAAGUAAAGAAAGAGCUCUUAAGAGUAAAUAAAUCAAUGUCUAAGGGCAUGGUCAGAAACUAUCGUCGCUAUGAAGAGCAGAAGCAGCUCAAAAUUGAGAAUAUUCGCUUGCUGAAGCGACUUCAAAACUCAAACCCGACUUAUAACUACAACGAAUAUGAGAUGGAAAAUAAGAAAAAGAAAAGACUGUUAAACAGGAUAUGAAAUUUUCCGUAUCAGUUUGACAAGAGCUCUCACAAAAGGACUCAGUCCAAGUUGAAUAUUAGAAGGAAGUUGAGCAUCCAGAAGAUGAAGAAGAAAACCAAGAAGAGGUAUCUUUCCCAUACUAACUCAGAGUUCAAGCCAAUGCACCAGAGUCAAGAAGUAGCAUCUAAUAUCAAGAUGACAAUGGAGGAAGAGAAUAAAAUGAGAGAAGAGCAAUUUGACAAACCUUUAGAUGAUGUUAGCCCAAAAAAGGAUGAAAAUGAGGGUGAAAACUUGGAAGGUACAAAUGAUCCAACUAAUGUUUCGCCCAGUAAGAGAUAUCAUUCUAAGAAAUCUAAGGACAGGAAGGCUUUACUCCUCAGAUCAAUGCAUAAGAAAAGAAUCUUUUAUAGAGAAUAUCUCUUGACCAACGUCUUUAACUCAGAAUUUGAUCGAGUAAAGAAGGAAAGGGUCAGACUAGAGAAAUUCAUCAAGAUAUCUGGAAAAGACUGUUUCUUGACAGUAUGCACUAGCCCAACGAAGUACUUCUUUAUGGCUAUCUGCUGUAAAACUAAGGAACAUUAUCUUAUAUCUGUGUUUAAGAAGAAGGUUAAGAAGUUACUCCAGAUUUAUAACAAGUCACUAGCCAAGGUAGUUAAGAUACUUAGAAUUAAAGACGGCCAUAUGUUCAUCAAGGACUUGGAUUAUCUGCUGAGAGAUCAACUUGAUGUGAGGGGUUCCUUGCCAGAUCAUUUCAGACUUAACAAAGGAUACUCUAAAGACAGUGGAAGGAACAGCCCUCGGUUCCCUUCAAAUAGUGGAAACAAUAACUACCAAGGAAGAAUAAUGAGUGAGGAAACCUUAAGCAAGAACGAGACAGUGACUGUGCAGGAUAUUAACAAGCUUCCAAAACUCUAGUCAAGUCCGUAUUUAUCAUUUACUAAUUAUGACUUCCAUAAGCCUCUGCAAAAGAAGCACAGAAAUAACAGGAGCAGAGGGAGUAGGUCGAGGCAUAUUAGGUUUAUGUCUCAAAAGAUGAAUAAGUAUAUGAACCAGACUGUUAUAUAUGC